CUUGGGGAGGCCCGGCCUGUGGCCACAAAGGUGGGUUUGCGAGAAGGAGGUGGCCGGUUGAGGGGCUGAUGGCGGCGAGGCUGCUCCAGAAUGGAAGGCGGAGAAAGCAGUGCUGAACUUGUAAUUAACAAAAGGUUUGUCUCAGAAGCUGAGUUAGAAGAGCGCCGCAAGCGAAGACAGGAGGAAUGGGAGAAGGUUCGAAAGCCUGAAGAUCCCAAAGAAUGUCCCGAAGAAGUGUAUGACCCCCGGUCUCUCUAUGAAAGGCUUCAGGAACAGAAGGACAAGAAGCAGCAGGAGUUUGAAGAACAGUUCAAAUUCAAAAAUAUGGUCAGGGGCCUGGAUGAAGAUGAAUCCAAGUUCCUCGAUGAAGUUUCUCGGCAGCAAGCACUGAUAGAAAAGCAGCGUCACGAAGAAGAUCUCAAGGAGCUGAAUGAGUACCGGAGCACUUUGUCAAAAGUUGGGGUUAGUGCUGACUUGAAGAAGGAGACAGACAAGAAACUGUCAGUAAAAUCAGAAAACAAGAGCAAAUUCUCUCAGGCAAAGUUGUUGGCAGGAGCCGUGAAACACAGAAGUUCAGAAGGCACCAAUAGCGUAAAAAGAUUGAAACUGGACCCGGAUCCUGACCACGAUAAGGUUCCAGAAAAACCAUCUUGUGUUCCACUCAGCAGCAGCUCCAUGAGUGGUUCUGCAAUCCACUGCCCCUCAGCUGCUGUGUGCAUUGGCAUCCUGCCCGGUCUUGGGGCUUACUCAGGAAGCAGCGACUCCGAAUCCAGCUCAGACAGCGAGGGCACCAUCAAUUCGACGGGCAAAAUUGUCUCCUCUGUAUUCCGUGGCAGCAAUUUCUUCGACGCUCCGCUCUAGGCUUCUUCGCGGCUUCUUCGAGUUUCGCCCAGAACUUGUUUUCUUUUUCAUCCCAAUCAUUCCCUCAACCUCACCACUUUUUUCCCUGUCUCCCUUUUUUGGAUAACACCCGAAUAAUGUACUGCGGCAAUUUCCAUGGGUGUCUUGGUCUCCUCUUUCCCCCUGCCCCCAGCCUUCUCUCUAAGACCGUGCUUAGUUUGGGAGGGAGUCUAGCUAGGAAGAAGAUGGUUCAGGAAUACCCAUGGAGAAAUGCCUCGGUUGGAACAAAACACUUGGUCCCUUGGAGGGCAGUGACAAGGAGAGCCUUAAAAGUGAAAGGAGGGGGGACAAGUCACUUUUAGAAAUAUUCUUGGAAGAGAUAAGUGCCAAGAAAUGGUCCCCCUGUAGCUUUUAAGUGUCAUUAUAUAACUGACAAGGAUGGGAGAGAUGACAAAAUCACACAGGUCGUAAGAAGUGAAUUUUGAGAAGUGUAACCAAGUUUCCAUGUUGCAUUUUAUUAAAAAUAUCCUGAAGCAUUUUUUUUUUAAUCUUGGAUUUUGCCAUUCAUAAUUCUUCACUCAGUCCUUCCGCUGUGCUUUGCUAUCAUCUCUUGGACUCCCUGCUGGCUCUCCUCAGUGGUCAAAAUUCCUCAAGCAGUGGAAUUUUAAAGCGGACAGUUCUGGAAAAGCUUGGGCUUCCAUUCAAGGUUAUCAUGAUAUUUUUCCGUAAGAAUACUAAGGGGUUCUGAAUGAGUGGCUGGGUUUAGUUUGGGGAAUUACUGCAAAAAGUAACACUGAUAGUAGAUACAUAGCGGAGAAAUAACUUCAUAAUGCCCAGAAAUCUGGGAUGAGGCCAGUGAGCAGCCCGGAUGCUUUGGGAGACAUACAGCGUAUGUAGUUCAAGUUUAAUGCUUUGAUUGAUGUACAAAUGAAACUUUAAUGUUCGCACAGUUGAUAUUGUGAGCUCUGUUGAAGAAAAGCAAUUAAACACAUGGAUAUUGGACAGGCUUCCUUGAGAAACUAUGCUUGUCAUGGCUGAUUUGUUAGGGACCUUUUAGGAAGCACAUUCUGUUCUGCCAAUGGAGGUGUUUUCAGCACUGAAACGAAGCUAGAAGUUGGAGUAGUCCUAGAAAUAAUUAAGUGCAGGUAUUCCCAGGCUGUUUUAGGUCUCUGAGAACCUGGAGGGCGAAUGUAAAUUUGAUCUCCACUUCCGUCCUCUGCCUGUUGCUGUAAGGAUUGCGUUGAUCUUAAGGUCUGAGUGAUGGGCUGAGCUCAGCCUCCUUUUCCCAGCCAUCCGUAAAGAGGGUUGAGAAGGCUACAAAAGCUUAGAGGAAAGUCAGAUAGCGUUCAUAAGAUUUGGUGUUUAAAAAACAACCUCAAAAAUCCAAGAGGGAAGAAUCAGAGGAGGGGACUGCCUGUCUCCUACGUGCUGGACAUGUCUGAGAGGAGGAAGGUAGCCUUUAUUGGACUUGUGUGUGAGAGGGAGGGAGGGUUAUUUGGGUUGCAAUAGAAAUGGGGUAGAGGCAUGUUUUGGGGGGGAAAAAUCUUUUGGUGCCUGAACUGUUGGAAAAGUGCAGGGAGUUGUCAGGGUGUCCUGCUUAGAACGUGGACGGGAGGCCACCGGGAAAGCCUCAAGUAGACUGGACAGUUGAAAAAUGAUAUCCCAGAAGGUCACAAUGGCAAACUGCUUCUGUGCUGUUUCCGAGACAGCAAUACAGACAUGUUGAGCUCAACUUGAGAGUGUCUUUAUAAUAGGAUGUAGAGACCCUGUCCUGUACCACUCACUGCCUGUCACAGGCCGUGCAGUUCCCUCCAGGUGAAACAGGCUUCGAGGAGUCAGGUCAUUGCCAAUCUACACUUGGAGAGAGAAAGAUGCUUCCUUUCCUUUGCAGGAACUGUGACAAACCAGCCAGCCUCAGAUUUUGGGUUGCAAUCUCGCGUACGUUUUUACGACACCGUUGAUUGCAGUUGAACUUAGAAAGCGGUGAGCAGCUUCUUUGUGUACAGGAUUGCUAAUAAAUUUUUUGAUGUAUCUAGCCUCUUCUAGUCUUUAAAAAGGAAAAAAAAAAGCAUCUUAAGUACUUUUGUUUUUUUCCCCUAUAUCGUUUUUCAUGAAGAGUCAGUAACAUCCUUCUGAGCAGACGAUAAAACAACCCUUUGGAGCAAUGUUUCUCAAUCUCGGCAACUUGAAGAUGUCUGGACUUCAACUCCCAGAAUUCCCCAGCCAUCCAUCCAUCAGCUUUGGACAGAUAGGGCUGUAGCACGCUAGGCACGAAGAAACUGCUAACAGACAGAACUGUUGCUGUCAUGAAAAUGUGGUGGGGAAAAAUGUCAGCUUGACUUCGGGAACCAGGCACAAGCCUUGGUGGCAACUCUCAAAAAUGAUUUAAUUA